UGGGCAGCGGACUUGGAGGCUUUUGGGCCAGCGGUUGGUUGAAAAGCGCCGCCGCCGCUAGGCCCGGGACAGGCAAUGGCAGGGGACGUGUGAUCACGGACAGUGAGAGGGCCACUGCUAUCAUGCCCGGGCGCGCGGGCGCCGCCCGGUUCGGUUUGCUGGCUCUCGCUCUGCAGCUACACUGGCCGCUGGCGGCGUGCGAGCCGGGGUGGACCACAAGAGGAAAUAAAGAAGGCAGCCCCCAGCUACAGCAUGAACUUGUGAUACCUCAGUGGUGGACUUCAGAAAGCCCCGGGAAAGGAAAGCAUCCACUCACAGCAGAGCUCAGGGUCAUGGCUGAAGGGCAAGAGCUGAUCCUGGACCUGGAGAAAAAUGAGAACCUUUUUGCUCCAGCCUACACAGAAACCUGCUAUACUGCAAGUGGCCACCCUCAAACCACCACACUGAAGUCUGAGGAUCACUGCUUUUACCAUGGAACUGUGAGAAAAGUGGAAGAGUCCAGUGUCACACUCAGCACCUGCCGGGGAAUUAGAGGACUGAUUACAGUGACAAGUAACCUCAGCUACAUCAUCGAGCCUGUCUCUGACAGUGGCAGCCAGCACCGAAUUUACAGAUCUGAACAUCUCAAGCUGCCCCCGGGGAACUGUGGGUUCGAGCACUCCAAGCCCAACGCUAAGGACUGGGCCCUUCAGUUUACAAAGCAGACCCAAAAACAACCUCGCAGAAUGAAACGGGAAGAUUUACAGUCCAUGAAGUAUGUAGAGCUGUACCUGGUGGCCGAUUACUCAGAGUUUCAGAAGAAUCGGCGUGACCAGGAUGCCACAAAACACAAGCUUAUGGAGAUCGCCAACUAUGUUGAUAAGUUUUACCGAUCCCUGAACAUCCGGAUUGCGCUUGUGGGCUUGGAGGUGUGGACGCAUGGGGACAAGUGUGAAGUUUCAGAGAAUCCCUACUCUACCCUUUGGUCCUUUCUUAGUUGGAGGCGCAAGCUGCUUGCCCAGAAGAGCCAUGACAAUGCCCAGCUAAUCACGGGCAGAUCCUUUCAAGGUACCACUAUUGGCCUGGCCCCACUCAUGGCUAUGUGCUCCGUGUACCAAUCUGGAGGUGUCAGCAUGGACCACUCUGAGAAUGCCAUUGGCGUGGCUUCCACGGUGGCUCAUGAGAUUGGCCACAACUUUGGCAUGAGCCAUGAUUCUGCGCAUUGCUGUUCUGCCAGCGCAGCUGAUGGUGGGUGCAUCAUGGCAGCUGCCACUGGGCACCCUUUCCCCAAAGUGUUCAGCUGGUGCAACAGGAGGGAGCUGGACAGGUACCUGCAGUCAGGAGGUGGGAUGUGUCUCUCCAACAUGCCAGAUACUAGGACUCUGUAUGGAGGCAGGCGGUGUGGCAAUGGGUACCUGGAAGAUGGUGAAGAAUGUGACUGUGGGGAGGAAGAGGAGUGUAAAAACCCUUGCUGCAAUGCCUCCAACUGUACUCUGAAGGAAGGGGCUGAGUGUGCCCAUGGUUCCUGCUGUCACCAGUGUAAGCUGGUGGCCCCUGGAACCCUGUGUCGUGAGCAGGUGCGGCAGUGUGACCUUCCCGAGUUCUGCACCGGCAAGUCUCCCCACUGCCCCACCAACUUCUACCAGAUGGAUGGCACCCCCUGUGAGGGUGGCCAGGCCUACUGCUACAAUGGCAUGUGCCUCACUUACCAGGAGCAGUGCCAGCAGCUGUGGGGACCGGGAGCCCGACCUGCCCUCGAUCUCUGUUUUGAGAGGGUGAAUGCAGCUGGAGACACGUAUGGAAACUGUGGCAAGGGCUUGAAUGGCAAAUACAGGAAGUGCAGCCCCAGGGAUGCCAAGUGUGGGAAGAUCCAGUGUCAGAGCACCCAGGCCCGGCCCCUGGAAUCCAACGCAGUAUCGAUUGACACCACCAUCACUUUGAAUGGGAGGCGGAUCCACUGUCGGGGCACCCAUGUCUACCGGGGUCCUGAGGAGGAGGAAGGGGAAGGUGACAUGCUGGACCCAGGCCUGGUGAUGACUGGGACCAAGUGUGGUCACAACCAUAUUUGCUUCGAGGGACAGUGCAGGAACACCUCCUUCUUUGAGACUGAAGGCUGUGGGAAAAAGUGCAAUGGUCACGGGGUCUGCAACAACAACCAGAACUGUCAUUGCUCCCAUGGCUGGGCUCCACCUUUCUGUAACACUCCAGGAGAUGGCGGCAGCAUUGACAGUGGUCCUUUGCCCCCCAAGAGUGUGGGUCCUAUGAUAGCCGGGGUGUUUUCAGCCUUCUUCUUGCUAGCUGUCCUGGUACUGCUAUUCCAUUGUUAUAGACAGAGCCACAAACUGGGCAAGCCUUCAGCCCUCCCUUUCAAGCUGCGGCAGCAGUUCAGUUGUCCCUUCAGGGUGUCUCAGAAUGGUGGAACUGGCCAUGCCAACCCAACUUUCAAGUUGCAGACUCCCCAGGGCAAGCGAAAGGUGGCCAACACCCCCGAAACUCUCCGGAAGCCCUCCCACCCUCCUCCCCGGCCCCCUCCAGACUACUUGCGUGUUGAAUCCCCACCUGCACCAUUGCCAGCACAUCUGAACAAGGCGGCCAGGAGCUCCCCAGAAACUGGGGCUCGUGUAGAAAGAAAGGAGUCAGCUAGGAGGCCUCCCCCAAGCCGGCCCAUGCCCCCUGCACCUAACUGCCUACUGUCCCAGGAUUUCUCUCGGCCUCGACCACCCCAGAAGGCACUUCCAGCAAACCCUGUGCCAGGCCACAGGAAUGUCCCCAGGCCAGAAGGUGCAUCCCUGCUGCAGUCAUCUACUGUUGGUCCUCAGCCUCCCCGGCCUCCCACAGUAUCUGUUCCAAAGCUUCCCGAGUACAGAUCACAGAGGGCUGGAGGAAUAACUAGCUCCAAGAUCUAGAACUGUCCAGAAGUUUCUUGUUUCCCUUGAAGACUCUGGAUGCCAUGGAAGGUCCACAAGAAAGAAGCCUGCUCGGCCACCUUGAAGCUUCUCUAGCCUCCUGGAACCCCCUCAUCUCCAGAAUCUCCCUUCUUACCCCAGUGCCUCCUGUGUUCUCUGAGGCCAAGAGGGGCUUCUGCAUGCUGUCCUGUGCAAUAUACAGCUCUGGUAGGAAAGGGGAGCAGAUGGCGGAAGAUGGGGAAGAUUCUCCUUCAGCCACCUAGCCAAGAGCUACCAGUGAUGGUCAGGGAAGUCUUGAGCUGGGGGUGGGGGUGGAGGUCCUCCUUCCGUGCCGAGCUUGGAGAAGGCUCCACCCAGGUCCAAUGCUGGCAGGUACACACGAGGGCUUCUGUUGUUUGACCUCUCUCUGGGAUCCCCAGGCUACGCUACACAGAGGCUGGGUCUUACCUGUCUCUUAGCUUUUAGGGACUGAGGAAGCCACUGCUGCCUCCCCACCCCAGGACUUGGUCAAGGUGCCUGUUUCUGGUUAUGGCUGCAUGUGACAAGCCAUGCUCCCUUCCCCUGCCAUCCCUCACAUUCCCAUAUUUACACGGGUCACUCUCUGACUCAGACAGGUACUAUUUGUAGGCAGUGUAGACAACAGUGGGGCGUGGUCAGCCCGUGUCCCCUCUGAGCCAUGAUGCCAAAGGUUGCUAGACUCUCAGAAUCCCCUGUUCUACAUCCCCAUUGUUCCAUGUGUCACCUUCUCUCUUCCAGCCUCUCUGUCCUAUGGUGCUUUGAUGGUGUCCCACAGCAGGUCCUGACUUGCUGGUGACCAUAUGCCUGUGACCAACAAAUCAGGGUCCUGCCUCAUGGGGUAGGCACUGGACUUUCUGCACUGGAUCUCAAGAGCAUUGAGCUGAGUGGGUUUGGGAGAGAGAGAGAGAGAGAGAGAGAGAGAGAGAGAGAGAGAGAGAGAGAGAGAGAGAGAGAGAGAGCUCUGCAUGUACUUGUGUAUUUUGGCUGCAAGUAGGAAACAGGGCCCCCUUCUUUUUUUCUGACCUACAUCCUAGGUGAAGAUCUCCAGGCAGGGCAGCCACAGGUAUACUGAGGGGAUAGACAUGUCUGGGAGCUGUUAUUAGGAAAGUAUUCACAGGGGCACCAGCCCUUUCCUAGUGGUUAGCUCUGAGGCGGGACUGUUGACUCUGGACAGGUAGGUAGCCAGCUUCUUUGGAACAUGGCUCAACAACCAUGGUGAACCAGAUCAGGGCAGGGGCCCCACCUCUCUUCAACCAGGGUCUUAUCAUGUGCUUGCAUUGGUUCUCUCCUGGUUACUGCCUAUAUGGGGUCCUCACGGGAAGAGCUCUGGGAAGGCAUCUUGGUGCUCUGCUAGUUAGUGUAGUUCCUACAUAAUUGCUGGGCUUGGCCUCUGAGAGCCCAUCUUCCAUCCCCAAAAAGGUGCUGACUACCAUGCCAGAAGGUCCUCUAGAGGCCUCCCUGCCACCACAGCAAGCAGUUGUUAGCUCUUGGAAACCUCUCUGAGGAGGAGGCAAGCCUUUGACUCCUGCUUGCCACCUCAAGGCCUCCUGACAUUUCUUUGCAGAGUGACUGCCAGUGUCAUGCAUGCUUGUGGGAUUGUGGACAGUGGGGGGUGCAUGUCUGGGAGGUAGAAAGAUCUCAGGAAACCACCUUUCUCCUUGGAGUGACUGUGCGACUGUGCUGUUCACACUCUGACUCCCUGAGAUGUGAUGCAAAAGGUCACAUGGGCCUAGGUCCCUUUUCUGCCACCUGACAGCUUUUCAUUUAAGCGCUACACCAAAUGCCUAGUCCUAAAAACACCCUGUUGCCACAAAAACAAAACAAAACAAAACAAAUCACUUCCCUUAAACCCAACCCUGUACCUCCUAGAUGUUCUUGUGGGCCGUGCAGCCUUUCUCCCUCAGCUCAGGAGGCAGUGGCCCUGAGUGACAGUGCCACAGCAGCAGUACCAGCAUGAGCCUUGUGAACCUCAAGCCUUUGUCCCUUCACCCAUAGCAGAAGAAGACCCAUUCCCUUGCCCUUUGGUAAUCAUUUCCUUUUUAUUUUUCCUUUUCAUUGCUAUGAUACCACCUCCAUCCAUAAAAUUAUACUGUGAAAUACUAUGAAUAAGAAGAUGGCAAAACAAUUUUUUUUUUAAUUUGGUAGACAUGUUGGCAGCUACUCUACUUACAACUUCAUUCCUGCCUGUUAUCCAAAAGCUGCGGAGGCUGCCACAAGUAGGAACCCCUUCCCUUCUGCACCGUGAAGUGUCCUGUGCAGAUACAUCUAGACUUGGAGGGUAGAGUUUAUCUCAAAGGAUUGUUUGCCACUUAGGAGGGGAAAGAGAAUAUUACCACAGGGAGAGGAGAGGAUGGUUACAACAGAACACUUCAGUCAACCUACCCCAUCUGUGGGCAUCCAAGGCUCCAACAGCCUUUUCUUGUGCAUAGAGUGAGCAGGAUUAGAAAUAGCUGUUCUAUGCCCAGUCACUAUAGAGAUGCUUGCCAACACUGGGGUUGGUCAAAACCAAGGCUCUGGUGGACUGACGGAAGUUCAGAGUUCAGUUUGUAGCUGGGUGUGAUGGCACAUGCCUUUAGUCCCAACAAAGGCAGAUGAUCUCUGAGUUCAAGGCCAGCCUGGUCUACAAAGUGAGUUCAAGGCCAGUCUGGUUUACAAAAUGCGUUCCAGGACAGCUAGGGUCACACAGAGAAACCCUGUUUCCAAAACCAAAAUUAUUUGAGACAGGAUCUCAUAUAUCCCAGGUUGGCUUUCAAUUCAUUAAAAGGGCAAGGAUGACUUUAGAAUUCCUGAGUGUUUUCCUCUUACCGAGUGCUAAGACUACAAGUAUGUGCCACCACACUUGGUUUAUGUGGUCCUGGGUUCAAAUCCAGAUCUUCAUGCAUGCCUAUGCAAACACUCUACCAACUGAGAUACAUCCCCAGUCCAGGCUAUAAAUGUUCAGAGAAGCUAAAUUAGCUGCCCGCCAACUUUAGAACCCUAAAGCCAUUUCUGACCUGUAAACCUCAGGUCUCUAGUCCCUUCCAAGUUGCAACUUCCUGCUUGCUUUCUGUUCCUUUUAGCCUUGGUGACUUCCACCUGUAAGAGAAAAAGCCCUUUCCUAUCCCUGCUUCAAAACUUUGUAGAUUUUAAGGUCUGAAUAUUCUCUGCCGUGCAACAGUUCCUGUCACUCUGCAGUAAACCUUUUCCACAGUGUCUCCCCUAGGUUCAGUUCAUUUGCUUAUUUGACAAGGCAGGUUCGAGACUUACAUUCUUCAGAUUGGAGGCAUAUUCUAAAGCUAGUUAUUUUGUGAAAUGCAUGUAGUGACAGGCCCCAAAGGACUCCACACCCAAGCCAGGGAACACGAACUGGAAAGGUACCCCUUCUCUAGGGACGCCAACUAGAGGUUGUAGACUCCAAGCCCAACACCCCAGCGUCAUGCCCCCAGUGUCCUCUUGUAUGACUGUGUGUACGCCUGUGUCUGGGAUCCAGGGCAAAUGUGAAUUUUCUUUUUAUUUGGGAGAUUGUUCACAGGAAAUAGUCCUCUCCCCUCUUGUCCUCCUAUUGAUUGUUUACAAUAUUUGUACAUCUAUGCAAAAAUACUUGAAUGGGCCGUGGUGCCUUGUUUUGUUAUUUUUUGUUUGUUUUUUUCUCCUUGUUUGUAUUUAAUUAAAACAGAUUGUCAUUGGAAAA